UCACGUCCAAGAGGUGCAUUAACUCUCUAAUGCCCCUUCCGUCCUCUGCAGCGCGUCAUUUUCUUCUCUAUGUUUUAAUCCGAUGACUGUUUGCUGUUUUAUGAAUAUGGCAACGCAAAGUAGCGAGACGCGCUGGAAGUGGCGGCUUUUAUCGCAAACUGUUCUCCUGGCGCUAGAUGGCGGAUGCGCCCAUCCGAUUUGGGUUAAGCCGAGAUCAAAAUUGACUUUGUUCUGGAAAAGACGUGCGUGUCGCGUCAGAAAAGCGAAUGCGGACGGUCACUUCCACCAGAUCGCCGCUCUUUGGCAACAUUAUGCAGACUUGCAGAUGUAGGAGCCUUUAUGUCCGAUAACGGAGUCGUUUGCUUUCUGCUCGUUUUUUUUUCCUUUUCCCUCCCAGUAAACUGUUGACCCGAUGCAAAGUCAAAGUAGGGUUUGCGAUCGAGCCGCUCAUUGCAGAGAUUCUGUUUUUUUUUUUCCUAUUGUGCUGCUGUUUUAAACCCGCGACUGGAGAAAAGCCCUUUAGACACAAUGGCGCGGCUCCCAACUCCAUGCGCACUUUGGAGGAAAUUUGAGAGAGAAAUAAAAACGCCUCCCGUCGGCCCUUAUUUUUUUGUGCUCCUCCGUGUUAUUAAUUUUCCCGGACAACACCGCCUCUCAGACAGCAGGCAAUCUGACAUCUGUAAAAAUCUAAAAACCCCUGUUUCGAUCUAGAAAACGUGAUGCUUUUGACUGCUUCAGAGAUAAAGUUGCAGAAUGCGGUCCUGUGGGUGAAUUCCACAGAAGCGGCUCUUUCCACAGGCGCGGGGCGGGCUUUCAUGCGCUCCUCUGCACGACUGCUGGGUGUAGGACACGCAGUCGCACAUAAGGGGGACACCUCAAUGGCUAUGGACACAGACAGCAAUCCUGAUGAGGAAGGGGCAGAGGAGAGUCAUGAUGGGCCUGUCAGACCGUCUCCCAGUCCCACUCAUGAAGAUGCCUCUCUGCAGUGUGCCCCCAUACGGGCUGUCUCUGCUCCCUGCUCCCCCUCUGCUCCUCAGCCUGGCUCAGGCCCCAUCUGCAACUCCGUCUCUGCUCCGGACUGCGCUGCUACCCAAAAGGCGGGCGAGAGGCCCAACUCCUUGCCCCCUUCCAGCCCUAGGGCCCUUACACACAAUGAAUGGGCUUAUGAUUCAGCUGUCUGCCCAGUGGAGCCCCAGCACCCAGGAAUGCAGAGGGACAAAGUAGAAUUGAAUCCAGUGGACCUCUCCGAAACGCCAAGCCCCUGCGUUUCAACCAACGGAAAGAAAGACAGUGAAAGCAGGGAGGAGGAGAGCAGCCUCUCAUCCGACCAGUUGGUACCCGACUCUGCAGCACAACCGGAAGAAGUCAGGAAAGACUCUGAUGGAAGAUUACAGGCAGUGUCUUCGUCACCUGACAACAGUACAUUAAAGAAGAUAGACACGCCUUACUCAGCUGCUGAAGGCGCUCUUCUUAAUGGCGGCACAUGUGAUCAAGUAUCAGUGAAGGUGGAGAAGAUCAACCAGAACUUGUUGCAGUGGACCGUGGCAGAUGUGGCCAGUUACUUUUCGGCUGCCGGAUUUCCGGAGCAGGCAGUGGCGUUUCGCACACAGGAAAUUGACGGCAAGUCUCUUCUCCUGAUGCAGCGCAGUGACGUCCUGACAGGUUUGUCCAUCCGACUGGGCCCUGCCCUCAAAAUCUACGAGCGUCACAUUAAAGUGCUGCAGAGGACCCACUUCCUUGAAUGUGACGACAUCUAAAGAGGAGACCAGCAAUGCUGUAUGAACUCGACAUGCAUGCAGUUCCUCUACCAUCUGGAUCCUACCGCCCUCCUUCAUAUAUAUUAACAUAGAGGGUGUGUAGGGUGGGAAAGGCUGCGUUGGAAUUUGCCUUCACUGUGAGAACGACCAGAAACUGAAAGACAGUCAUCCUACCUCUCAUCGUGGUCUUUGGUUUUUCAUUUUACCCCCAUGUGGCGGCUUUUGCUGAGACGGACGGCUGCUGGAAUAAUCUAAAUGGAGCAGCUUUGACUUUUUGCACAAAGUGAAAUAUUGAGUCAUGCACCAAAUGGACCGCCGCAGAUAUGACUGAUUAGUGGGACAUUGGGGGGUUGUCCUGUCAACUUUCUGCUCGAUUCAAACAGAAAGUCACAAAAAGCAUAAAGUGCAUCAGCUGUGCUUCCUUUUUUUGCUGAGAUUUAGGCGUCAAAGUCGACGUAUCCGCAUCAAAAGUUAGUCUCAUUCCUGAUUCAUCAUUCCACUGUCAGCCGCUGCUGUGGAUUAUUGCCUCGGUGUCUUUGCCACACUGAGAUAUAACCCUCGAUGUGUUCAACUCUAUCUGUGUAGUCUUAAUAAUAAAUGAUUGUGGUCCAACAAUACAUUUUCAUUCGGGAAACAAUUCCAGCUAUAAGUGACCAGACAAUAUGCAGCCCAAUGAAAUGUGCUCUUACAUAUAAACAAAAUAAACUUAGAAUGCUGCAAGAAAUGUUACUCUUGCUGGUUAUAUGGAAUCAAAUUCAAUAGAGCUGCUAAGCGACUGUUUACAAAUGACUUUAAGAAAUGCAAUAUUUUAUGUUGUUUGUUUACAGCUGGUCUUUCCUGGCGCUGUGUUCUAAAGGCCAGUUGAACUGUGUAACAUUCCAUAUUAUGGAGUCUUCUUCUCAAAUGUACCUUGUCCCCUUUUUAUCUGUAAUAUGGAAAG